AAUAUAAAGGCACAAGGUCGCACAGUAUGUUCAUCCCCUGCACUUCCAAACCCUAGCCGAACCAAAGGUCAUCUGAAAACUUCAUGGCGCCAAAGAAGGAGAAAGCACCCCCACCGUCAUCCAAACCCGCCAAGUCCGGCGGUGGAAAGCAGAAGAAGAAGAAGUGGAGCAAGGGAAAGCAAAAGGAAAAGGUGAACAACAUGGUUCUAUUUGACAAGGCGACAUAUGACAAGCUUCUUUCUGAAGCUCCAAAGUUCAAGCUCAUCACUCCUUCAAAUCUUGUCAGACAGAUUAAGGAUUAAUGGGUCAUUAGCAAGGAAGGCAAUCAAGGAUUUGAUGGCAAGAGGAGCUAUUCGGAUGGUAUCUGCUCAUGCUAGCCAACAAAUUUAUACCAGGGCUACCAAUACUUGAUUUUUGCAAGCUAUUCAUGUUUUGUUGUCUUUCUGUUUAUUAGUAUUUUGUUUUCCAGAAUUAAGAGCUUAAUACUUUACCCUUUGUAUUACUUUUCAGAAUUAAGAGCUUAAUACCCAAACAUGUCUUUGGUUGGGAUUAGUGGUAGGAUUUGGUUG